GGUGGCACCCGGAAGGUGUUGGUUGGCAUUGGCAACGUUGCGACUGAGGGAGGCCCGUGGUGAAUCAAAGCAUAGAAAGUGAAAGAAAAACAAACAAAGGAAGAGAGUAUCAUAAAUAACUGGAGUUUGAAAACAUCAGAAACUGACAUCAACCAGAGACCAAACUGUGAGCUGUGUGAAGGGGGACAAAGAUGAACAAUUCAUCGACCCCUAGAAUGGUUCUCAACUAUAGACGGACUUCAAGCCCUCGCUCUCCACCGAACACAAAUGAGCUCUUCACACCAGCACACGAGGAAAACGUGCGCUUCAUUCAUGACACUUGGCAGUGUGUGCUGAAGGAUAUAAAGUCCCCACAGAACAGCGAGCGAGGACCUCAGGAGUACGUGGAAAAGAAGCCAAACCCCUCUCUACACUCAUUCACACCAGUGGACUUAACUGACAUCAAGAAACGGAACACACAAAACUCCAAGAAGUCUUAGUCUUUGUCUAGUUGUUCAUGCUUUUAUCCCCUAUCUUCCAUAGGAAUGUCUCUUCCAAUGGUUCUCUCUGUUAAUUUGUCAGACAGCAUGAGGACACUUAACAAUGGCUCUAUCUCCCGAGCGCUCCAGACUGAUAGCCCUGCCCCCUUCAGCCCUCAAGGUUAUUGAUUUGAGGGCGUUUUAUGAAUCUCUCGCACAUUCGUCACAGCCUUCUCCUUGCAUCUUAAAACUGCCCUCAGUUCUGGAUGGUUGGGAGAAUAACAAGGCUGGGGUUUCAUUUUCAGGGAAUUUCCUCUUUCUGGAGUCCUCUUUUUUUUUUAUUCAGACAGGGAGAAUAAAUAUACAUGCAUAUAUAUUUCCCUUUUCUGUAAAUUCUUAAUAGGACCAAAGCUGUGAGAAAGUGGCACUGACCAGUUAAAAAACAGUGAAUUCCAAAGUCUCUCAUGACACAGAAUUUGCACAUCACAUGUGUUUGGUAUCAAGACACACCAGGAAAGCCCAGAAAUACAUCCUCUCUCAGCUGAUUAUUUGGUAUACUUUGGUAGAAUAGAUGACAUGCUAGGUAGAUGUGGAUGAGUCAGCAUAUAGGGGGGGUUGAGACAACCAUGUGUUUGUUUUAAACAAAUUUCAAUCUUCCAUUGAAAUAAUAUUUAAAAUACAAAUUAAAACAUUCAAAUCUGUUUGUAAAUGCACUUUCAUGUGUCAGUUUCAGGCCUUGCAUUUUAUGAAUAGUGAAACUGUGUAUUUCAACUGAACGUGAGACAGCUAAAGCUGGGUCCCCAACUUGAAAAGAAAUGUUCUUUGUGGUGAUAACUUUACAACUGCAUUGUGUCUUCCUUGAGAUGGACUACUGUUCAUCAAUAUGGUUAUUACUUUGGCACGCUCAAGACAAUUGUCUUUUUAAUGAAUAAAAUGUUUCAUGAAUGAUUUUCUGGAGUGCAUAUUUUAAAGGGCAGUAUGUAAUUUUUUUCUUGAGCUAACAAAUCUCAGAUUUGUAUUUAAAUAGUCCUAUUCUAAUGCUAAUAGUGAGAAGUUCAGCACUCUUCAGAUGCAAAACAGAAAACAAGAGGUUUUUCCCCAUGCAUACAGUACACAAGGAAAGGGCGUAUUACUGUCCUUUGCAAGUCAAGAGAUGGGAAAACGGUUCAGAUGAAUACAACUUUCAGAGGAC